CAGCCAGACAAACUGAGAGUAGUAUGGACCAGGAGAAACAGACGAAACUGCACCAAGGUAAUAUGGGGAACGCUACUUCACUCAACAAGUAGAGGAGUGGCAUGUGUAGGCCUAUUUGUCUAACACUUGUCAUCAUGAUAAAGUGUGAGAAGGCACCUACGGUAUGUAGCCUACCUGAGGGUGUGUAGCCUAUAAGGUGAAAGGUCAGAUUUGCUUGUGUUUGAGGAAGUGGAACCAUCUAUAUACAGACGUGUAUAGGUAUGAGAUUUGAGUUAAGCCAUAAAUACAUCUGCCUUUAUUCAUCACAGUAAUUGCUUUAUUAAUCACAUCCCAUUAACUUUUAGUCACAUUCGACACUCUUUAAGCUGCACGUGGCUUAUUCAAUAUAAAAUGCAUAUGGUCAGCACAUGCUCUGGUCCUUUCCCUGACCUGGCCUUUCCAAUCCUUAGCUGCAUGGAUGGCAGCCGGGCAUCAAGAACCCCUACAGGGGCACGGUAGUGUGGCAGGUGCCUGAAAACCUGGACAUCAAUGUCACACUUUUCAAGGUAUGGCAUCUCAACCCUAGGAAGAUGUGUGUGAAUGAUUUGGGAAAUCAUUUAGAUGAAUCUGCAUUUGAAUUGUCAAAACAUGUUUCCUUAUUCUCAAAAUCUCUCUUCUUUAGGACCCGACUGCAGACGAAUUUGAAGACAAGGACUGGACGUUUAUCAUUGAGAAUGUGAGUGAAUUAAUGUUUCCAUCAAUUCUGAAUUCCAUUUUUAGUCAAGGCGGAUUCACAGAGCUGUCAAGGAUGACAUAGUACAUGCUACACAAAAAUGUCCAUAGUUAAAGCCUCUUAGAUUCUGUGAAGUGAAAUACAUUGGAUUCAAAACAGCAUUACUUUGAAAACAUACGAUUUGCUAAUGACCCCUGUCUUUUGUCCUUCUAGGAGACUAACAAGGGCCACAGGAAGGUGCUGGCAUCGGUGGACAUCAACAUGAAGAAGUUUGCCAGCCCCACGCCUGCCCAGUAUGACCUGACGCUGAAGCUCAAGCCUCUGUCGGUGAAGGUGGUAGAGGCCACGCUCAAACUGACCUUGACCUGCGUCUUCCUCAAAGAGGGCAAGGCCACGUGAGUCAUAAUUUAUGUAAUUAGUGAAGUUUAUCAUAGGUUUACCAUAUUAUGUUGAGUAGAUAAUGCUAUUUAAAGGUUUACCGUAUUACAGUGGGGGAAAAAAGUAUUUAGUCAGCCACCAAUUGUGCAAGUUCUCCCACUUAAAAAGAUGAGAGAGGCCUGUAAUUUUCAUCGUAGGUACACGUCAACUAUGACAGACAAAUUGAGAAAAAAAAAUCCUGAAAAUCACAUUGUAGGAUUUUUAAUGAAUUUAUUUGCAAAUUAUGGUGGAAAAUAAGUAUUUGGUCACCUACAAACAAGCAAGAUUUCUGGCUCUCACAGACCUGUAACUUCUUCUUUAAGAGGCUCCUCUGUCCUCCACUCAUUACCUGUAUUAAUGGCACCUGUUUGAACUUGUUAUCAGUAUAAAAGACACCUGUCCACAACCUCAAACAGUCACACUCCAAACUCCACUAUGGCCAAGACCAAAGAGCUGUCAAAGGACACCAGAAACAACAUUGUAGACCUGCACCAGGCUGGGAAGACUGAAUCUGCAAUAGGUAAGCAGCUUGGUUUGAAGAAAUCAACUGUGGGAGCAAUUAUUAGGAAAUGGAAGACAUACAAGACCACUGAUAAUCUCCCUCGAUCUGGGGCUCCACGCAAGAUCUCACCCCGUGGGGUCAAAAUGAUCACAAGAACGGUGAGCAAAAAUCCCAGAACCACACGGGGGGACCUAGUGAAUGACCUGCAGAGAGCUGGGACCAAAGUAACAAAGCCUACCAUCAGUAACACACUACGCCACCAGGGACUCAAAUCCUGCAGUGCCAGACGUGUCCCCCUGCUUAAGCCAGUACAUGUCCAGGCCCAUCUGAAGUUUGCUAGAGUGCAUUUGGAUGAUCCAGAAGAGGAUUGGGAGAAUGUCAUAUGGUCAGAUGAAACCAAAAUAGAACUUUUUGGUAAAAACUCAACUCGUCGUGUUUGGAGGACAAAGAAUGCUGAGUGGCAUCCAAAGAACACCAUACCUACUGUGAAGCAUGGGGGUGGAAACAUCAUGCUUUGGGGCUGUUUUUCUGCAAAGGGACCAGGACGACUGAUCCGUGUAAAGGAAAGAAUGAAUGGGGCCAUGUAUCGUGAGAUUUUGAGUGAAAACCUCCUUCCAUCAGCAAGGGCAUUGAAGAUGAAACGUGGCUGGGUCUUUCAGCAUGACAAUGAUCCCAAACACACCGCCCGGGCAACGAAGGAGUGGCUUCGUAAGAAGCAUUUCAAGGUCCUGGAGUGGCCUAGCCAGUCUCCAGAUCUCAACCCCAUAGAAAAUCUUUGGAGGGAGUUGAAAGUCCGUGUUGCCCAGCGACAGCCCCAAAACAUCACUGCUCUAGAGGAGAUCUGCAUGGAGGAAUGGGCCAAAAUACCAGCAACAGUGUGUGAAAACCUUGUGAAGACUUACAGAAAACGUUUGACCUGUGUCAUUGCCAACAAAGGGUAUAUAACAAAGUAUUGAGAAACUUUUGUUAUUGACCAAAUACUUAUUUUCCACCAUAAUUUGCAAAUAAAUUCAUUAAAAAUCCUACAAUGUGAUUUUCUGGAUUUUUUUCUUCUAAUUUUGUCUGUCAUAGUUGACGUGUACCUAUGAUGAAAAUUACAGGCCUCUCUCAUCUUUUUAAGUGGGAGAACUUGCACAAUUGGUGGCUGACUAAAUACUUUUUUCCCCCACUGUAUGUCAAGAAGAGAGAGGUUGAGGUACUAAACCAGGGGUGUCGAACUCAUUUUGCCCCAGGGGGCGCAUUUGGUCUUCAACGACGAGGUCCAGAGCGCCUCACUGAUUUUUUUUAUUUAUUUCCUUUCCGUCAAAAUUUGCUAACAAUAGACCUCUAUCCAUCGUUUUUGGAAUUUUCAAUGCUCCCUUAAUGUCUAGUGAUUAUUAGUGAGCUGGACAGUCAAGAAACUAUGAAUAUAGGUCCAUUAUAAUUUCUACACAGUUUCGAUUUGGUUUUAGUCAUUUUCUAAUUUUGUAAUGUUUUAAUUUCACCUUUAUUUAACCAGGUAAGCCAGUUGAGAACAAGUUCUCAUUUACAACUGCGACCUGGCCAAGAUAAAGCAAAGCAGUGCGAUAAAAACAACAACACAGAGUUACAUAUGGGGUAAAACAAAACAUAAAGUCAAAAAUACAACAGAAAAUAUAUAUACAGUGUGUGCAAAUGUAGCAAGUUAUGGAGGUAAGGCAAUACAUUUUAAAGUAUAUUGAGUAUUUUUUUUAUCUCCAAAAUAUAUACUGUAAAUACAGUGGGGGAAAAAAGUAUUUAGUCAGCCACCAAUUGUGCAAGUUCUCCCACUUAAAAAGAUGAGAGAGGCCUGUAAUUUUCAUCAUAGGUACACGUCAACUAUGACAGACAAAUUGAGAAAAAAAAUUCCUGAAAAUCACAUUGUAGGAUUUUUAAUGAAUUUAUUUGCAAAUUAUGGUGGAAAAUAAGUAUUUGGUCACCUACAAACAAGCAAGAUUUCUGGCUCUCACAGACCUGUAACUUCUUCUUUAAGAGGCUCCUCUGUCCUCCACUCGUUACCUGUAUUAAUGGCACCUGUUUGAACUUGUUAUCAGUAUAAAAGACACCUGUCCACAACCUCAAACAGUCACACUCCAAACUCCACUAUGGCCAAGACCAAAGAGCUGUCUAAGGACACCAGAAACAAAAUUGUAGACCUGCACCAGGCUGGGAAGACUGAAUCUGCAAUAGGUAAGCAGCUUGGUUUGAAUAAAUCAACUGUGGGAGCAAUUAUUAGGAAAUGGAAGACAUACAAGAUCACUGAUAAUCUCCCUCGAUCUGGGGCUCCACGCAAGAUCUCACCCCGUGGGGUCAAAAUGAUCACAAGAACAGUGAGCAAAAAUCCCAGAACCACACGGGGGGACCUAGUGAAUGACCUGCAGAGAGCUGGGAUCAAAGUAACAAAGCCUACCAUCAGUUACACACUACGCCGCCAGGGACUCAAAUCCUGCAGUGCCAGACGUGUCCCCCUGCUUAAGCCAGUACAUGUCCAGGCCCGUCUGAAGUUUGCUAGAGUGCAUUUGGAUGAUCCAGAAGAGGAUUGGGAGAAUGUCAUAUGGUCAGAUGAAACCAAAAUAUAACUUUUUGGUAAAAACUCAACUCGUCGUGUUUGGAGGACAAAGAAUGCUGAGUUGCAUCCAAAGAACACCAUACCUACUGUGAAGCAUGGGGGUGGAAGCAUUAUGCUUUGGGGCUGUUUUUCUGCAAAGGGACCAGGACGACUGAUCCGUGUAAAGGAAAGAAUGAAUGGGGCCAUGUAUCGUGAGAUUUUGAGUGAAAACCUCCUUCCAUCAGCAAGGGCAUUGAAUAUGAAACGUGGGUGGGUCUUUCAGCAUGACAAUGAUCCCAAACACACCGCCCGGGCAACGAAGGAGUGGCUUCGUAAGAAGCAUUUCAAGGUCCUGGAGUGACCUAGCCAGUCUCCAGAUCUCAACCCCAUAGAAAAUCUUUGGAGGGAGUUGAAAGUCCGUGUUGCCCAGCGACAGCCCCAAAACAUCACUGCUCUAGAGGAGAUCUGCAUGGAGGAAUGGGCCAAAAUACCAGCAACAGUGUGUGAAAACCUUGUGAUGACUUACAGAAAACGUUUGACGUGUGUCAUUGCCAACAAAGGGUAUAUAACAAAGUAUUGAGAAACUUUUGUUAUUGACCAAAUACUUAUUUUCCACCAUAAUUUGCAAAUAAAUUCAUUAAAAAUCCUACAAUGUGAUUUUCUGGAUUUUUUUUCUUCUAAUUUUGUCUGUCAUAGUUGACGUGUACCUAUGAUGAAAAUUACAGGCCUCUCUCAUCUUUUUAAGUGGGAGAACUUGCACAAUUGGUGGCUGACUAAAUACUUUCUUGCCCCACUGUAUAUAUAUACACUACCGUUCAAAAGUUUGGGGUCACUUAGAAAUGUCCUUGUUUUUGAAAGAAAAGUAAUUGUUUUGUCCAUUAAAAUAACAUCAAAUUAAUCAGAAAUACAGUGUAGACAUUGUUAAUGUUGUAAAUGGCUAUUGUAGCUGGAAACGGCUGAUUUUUUAUGGAAUAUCUACAUAGGCGUACAGAGGCCCAUUAUCAGCAACCAUCAGUCCUGUGUUCCAAUGGCACGUUGUGUUUGCUAAUCCAAGUUUAUCAUUUUAAAAGGCUAAUUGAUCAUUAGAAAACCCUUUUGCAAUUAUGUUAGCACAGAUGAAAACUGUUGUGCGGAUUUAAAGAAGCAAUAAAACUGGCCUUCUCGAGACUAGUUGAGUAUCUGGAGCAUCAGAAAUUGUGGGAUCAAUUGCAGGCUCAAAAUGGCCAGAAACAAAUAACUUUCUUCUGAAACUCGUCAGUCUAUUCUUGUUCUGAGAAAUGAAGGCUAUUCCAUGUGAGAAAUUGCCAAGAAACUGAAGCUCUCGUACAACGCUGUGUACUACUCCCUUCACAGAACAGCGCAAACUGGCUCUAACCAGAAUAGAAAGAGGGGUGGGAGGCCCCGGUGCACAACUGAGCAAGAGGAUAAAUAGUUUGAGAAACAGACACCUCACACGUCCUCAACUGGCAGUUUCAUUAAAUAGUACCCGCAAAACACCAGUCUCAACAUCAACAGUGAAGAGGCGACUCCGGGAUGCUGACCUAUGCAGCAAAGCUGUCAUCAAGGCAAAGGGUGGCUAUUUGAAGAACCUCAAAUAUAAAAUAUAUUUUGAUUUGUUUAACACUUUUUUGGUUACUACAUGAUUCCAUAUGUGUUAUUUCAUAGUUUUGAUGUUUUCACUAUUAUUCUACAAUGUAGAAAAAAAAUAAAAAAAAUAAAGAAAAACCCUUGAAUGAGUAGGUGUGUCCAAACUCUUGACUUGUAUUGUAUAUAUAUACUACCGGUCAAAAGUUGUAGAACACCUACUCAUUCAAAGGUUUGAAAAAGCUUUGAGCCAACUGUCUCUCAACUAAGCUUACAGUUAAAUAACAAACAGUGCAAUACAAGUAGGUAUGUAGUGGGUAGGUACAGUAUAUAACCUUUUGAGUUGGCCAUUACUGACCUGUAUAGUGAGUUGAUGAUGUUCAAUGAUUAGUCAUAAACAGUCAUUUAGACAAUAUUACUGUUUUGGGAUGAGUCAUAAGGCUUGUUGUUUUCAUUCUCCUCUAUAGAGAUGAGGACAUGCAGAGUCUGGCCAGUCUGAUGAGUCUGAAACAGAGUGACAUCGGCAACCUGGAUGACUUCAACGAUAGUGACGAGGAAGAGGGCGGAAGAAGAGCCAGCAUCGGAGCCAGCAUGGGAGCCGCAACUCCCGUCACAGGUAGUGGUGUCAGCAGACAUUACAUAAGUCAUCAGUGUUUUCCUGUUCCGAGAUCUAGUCAAGGCUUAGAGAAAAUGUGUCAGAGACACUCAAAAUGCUCUGGUCUGGAAUACUACCACGCUGAUAAAUACAGUAGCUAUAUACUAAUCUGGCAUACACAAUGGAAAAACAUAAGUCUACUUUUCUACUUCAUCUGACAGUGAUGCAUAUAGUAACAGGUAAACAAAACUGUCAUAGGAGAGGUUUACUUUGCACAUAUGAUUGCUAGCCAUAUGAGGUGUGACAAGUCUAUUUUAAGGGUUUAUGUUUGAAAACAUUGCUCAAUACACCGGCAUAGCAUAUUGCUCCCCUCUCCAGCCUCACACCUGUCUCAACUACGGUGGCCCAGCAGGAUUUCACAUUUUCCCUUUCAAAUGUAUGAAUGCCAAGAAACUCUCUUUCCACACCAAGCUUCCCUUUCCAUAAUAUAUCAAUUUCCUUUACUUCCUUUUCCUUUAAUUUAAUAUGUUCCUCUCCCCCUUCCUUCCUUCCUUCCUUCCUUCCUUCCUUCCUUCCUUCCUUCCUUCCUUCCUUCCUUCCUUCCUUCCUUCCUUCCUUCCUUCCUUCCUUCCUUCCUUCCUUCCUUCCUUCCUUCCUUCCUUCCUUCCUUCCUUCCUUCCUUCCUUCCUUCCUUCCUUCCUUCCUUCCUUCCUUCUACUUUGAAAGCUCCCACGAGAAGAAUACGUGAUCAGGCAUGGAGACCUGUGAUUGACCCAGAGGCCACAGGUAACUUCCUGUUUCCUCCCAUGCUCCCGCCUCUGAAUCCUGAUUGGACUUUUUCCUCUAUCCCCUCUCCUCCUAUAUAACAUCCCAUUCCUCAUUUGAAAUUAUGAUAUUCAUGUGUUAUAAGCGUUUAUCUAAAUAUUGAUCAUCAACCUAUACACAUAAUUUGUAUGGUUUGAUUAAUCAUAUUUAUUAAACCAAAUGGAUAUUAGCCAAUGAGGUUUCAAAUGAAGUUGUAUACCUCAUUACAUUCUCAUAUUAAAUCCGAUACUCUCUGCAAGGCUAAAUUAAGCAAACAAAUUACCAGUCGUUUCAAUCACUGUUUGAAGUGAUGGAAUCUGAUACAUGUUAAAUGUAUGAUUACACAAUAUGGAGUCCUAAGGUAUCCCCAACACCCAUGGGAGCUGAGCUUUUUCUUUUCAAUUCCUCUCUUAAUUAAUUAAACUGUGGGACUGAAUGCUGGGGCCUGACCAAGAAUUCAGGUCCCUGACUCGUAGAAAUGGGACUAGGGUUUAGUAAUUGAUAAUGAAGUGUUACAGUGAGAAAAAACUGUAAUUUGAGCAACUGUACAGUUUGACUGUAUGGGAUGAGUAUCCGAGUACUAUCACUCUCCAUUGCUUAUAUUCUUUCAAUCUUCCCCCUUCCCUUUUCUCACUUCCUCUUCCCUUCUGUUCUCACUACUGUUUCCCCUCCUCUCUCUUCUCUGGAACUCUCUUCCUCAACUGCAUUUCACUUAUCUUUUCAUCUCUUUGAUACAUUUUGUCUGUCUCUACACCACUUUCUUUCACUACUUUCCCUGCCAUUCUCUUCUGUUCUCUCCUGCAUCUGUCCUCCUCUUUAUCCUUUGCUCCUACUCUCCUAUCUUCCUCCUCUUUCUGCCCAUCGCCUCGCCUCCCCUCCCACCCCGUCCUCAUCUCUGUCACCCAGCUGCCAGUAAGAUGGAUUGGAGUAGCUCAUCUGGCACUGUGUCUACCAUCUCACUUCUGUCACGUCCCCCUCUGCCUGUACCCCUCGACCCCUCCGCCCCGCCUCCUGCCCCUGCCGCCCGCUCCCGACUCACCACCGGCCCUGCGGGCACCGCUCACCCGGCACGACCCUCCCCCUAUGCCUACCAAGUGCCAGCCUUUCUCCGCGCCCACCCACCUGCACUGCCCAAAAUCUUCCAGCCCGCUGCUGGCUCAGGUACUGGCAGACUGACUGACUCAUGGGGAUAUUUAAAGCUGAAAUCCGCACAAGGUGAAACAGCGCCUGCAAUGAUGUCAGAGGGAAAAAAACUGUCUGUUGUUUUGAAGUUACUUCUUUGUUGUUGUAAUAUCACAAACGGACGUGGCAGUUUCACCAAGUACGGAUUCUAGCUUUAAUCAUAGACUACACCUAUUUUAAUAAGUAAAAGGUGAAAUAGCAGCUUUUAUUCAAGGUAAGGAUACCUCCGAGGGAUACCCACAUGUUUGAUUCUGUGCAUAACGUGUGACAGUUCAUCAGUUAGUCUAUUUGUUUGGUAUUUGAGAAGUUAUUGACGUCAAUUGCUUUAAAGAGAAGAGAGAGGCUAAUUCCGAGAAAUUGAGAGAGGCUUUUGUUGUUUGGGUAUUCUGACUCAUGUGAACACAGUAAAGGGGUCAUUACCAUGUUAUGCAAUGUACAGUCAGGUCCAAAAUUAUUGGCACCCUUGAUAAAGAUGGGCAAAAAAGACUAUAAAAUAAAUAAUACAAAUACUGAGCUAUAUUGUAUUCUCAAUUUUUUGGAAAUGAUAUUAUUUUAUACUAAUACAAUUGCUCAGAGAAAGAGAUUUUGUUGAACAAGUAAUCUUAUUUUUCUAAAAAAGAUAGGGGUCAAAAUUAUUUGCACCCCUGUUUUCAAUACCUUUCAAUACCUCACCUUGCGAGGAUAACGGCACUGAGUCUUUUUCUAAAAUGUUUUAUGAGAUGGGAGAACACAUUGGGAGGGAUCUUAGACCAUUCCUCCAUACAAAAUCUUUCCAGAACCUUGAUAUCCUUCAUCUGUGUUUAUGGACUGCCCUCUUCAAUUCAAACCACAGGUUUUCAAUGGUUUUCAAGUCCGGAGACCUAGAUGGGCCAUUGCAAAAUGCCAUUUCUUUGUUUAUUUUGAUGUGUGCUUGGGGUUAUUGUCUUGCUGGAACUUCCACUUGCAGCCAAGUUUCAGCUUCCUUGUAGAGGCAACUAAGUUUUUGGCUAAAAUGGCCUGGUACUGGGUAAAGUUCAUGAUGCCGUUGACCUUAACAAGGGCCUCAGGACCAGUGGAAGCAAAAUAGCCCCAUAACAUCGAAGAGCCACCACCGUAUGGGUUUCUUUUCUGCAUAUGCAGAACUCCGCAAACUCUAGACGUUUACAUUUGUUGGAUGACUUGAAAAUAGAGCUCUUUGAAUUGAAGAUGGCAGUCCAUAAGCACAGACAAAGGGUAUCAAGGAUCUGGAAAGAUUCUGCAUGGAGGAAUGGUCUAAGAUCCCUCCCAAUGUAUUCUUCAAUCUCAUAAUUUUUUGGGGGGAUGAUAACGUCACGGAAAUGUUGCCUUGCAUUGAUGUGGCCGGAAGGCGUGCGUUGUUAUGAUUCUGAACGGUCAGAUAGCUAGCAACAAUGAUAAGAAGCUGCCAUAUGGGGAAUCGUAGGUGACUCGUUUCAGGUCGUUGUAUCUUGUUAGUGAUACCCAUACACAAAAAUGUAUGCACGCAUGACUGUAAGUCGCUUUGGAUAAAAGCGUCUGCUAAAUGGCAUAUUAUUAUUAUUAUACCUUGUUUUGAGGUGUUUUGACUGAUGUCAUGUCUAAACUAAUAUGGCAAAAAAAUUAGCUAGCUAGCUAACCAACAACUGUAACAAUGUAUUUGAUAGACAACAAGUGCUCGUUGUGCAAAUGUAUUUGUUUUCAAUAAACAUUUGAAGAUUAAAUAUAGUUUGUAUAUUGUCAAGAGUCUAAACCAACCCCAUCUGUUUUGCCCCAGAGUUGCGCACGCGUCGCUUUUGACCAACAAUUCUAUAGAAAUGUAUUGAAAACAGGGCUGCCAAUAAUAUUGAUCCUUAUCUUUUUUAUAAAAAAAAUAGUAAAUUACUUGUUAAACUAAAUCUCUUUCUCUGAGCAAUUGUAUUAGUAUAAAAUAACAUAAUUGUCCCAUUGUUUUGAGCAUAUAUGUAGCUCAGUAUUUGUAUUAUUUAUUAUUUACAAUCUUCUUUGCUCAUCUUUAUCAAGGGUGCCAAUAAUGUUGGACCUGACUGUAUCUUUCUAUGGUCUGAGGCACCCCCUGCUGUUUAAAUCAGUAUAGCUAUAGCAAGAUUGAGAAAAACAUGUCGACACAUUCCUGGAGGAAUGAAUUGAAUGUCCUGAAUUACCUUGAGUCUCUAGAGACACACAGGGGUCUAGAAUCAUUAUUUUCUCCACUGACUGAAAUGUCAGGCGUUGAAUGUUUAUUGCCGAGAUUGCCAGAGGCAAUUGCUUCAUUUCCAUAGCAACUGCCUUAGCUCACAGUGAAUUUAUUCAUCAAAGCGGUGACAUACUGUAUUUAUGGUUUCUGACAUUGGUCCAUAACUGUUGCUAGGGAAGUGAGGUCACAGUUAAUGGGGCUGUUUAGUUGUGGAGUAGUUUAGAUUAUUCAGGCAAGUUUCAAGAGAAAGCAUGUCCUUUUUUAAAUUUAUUUUUUACAUUAAGCCAUGCUGAAUGACAAAAUGUUUCUACUGCUCUCUGUACUGGUCAGGCUUGAUUCUAAUUUCUCAACCCUUCUUUACUAUCCAUUCUCUUUCUCACUCUGCCCCCUUCCUUUUCCUUCACUCUUCUCUUUCUUCCUCCUCUACUCUCUCCUCUACCGUUUUCUCUCAGUACCCAUAUCUGUAGCCCGGAGGCCCUGUGGCUUCCAGAGUGAUCCGGCCCUUGACCCUGCCAGUCUUGCUGAGGGCCAUGUGGCCCCUGGUCUCCCCACCUUCUCUCCAUCAAGACCCCUCUCAGCAUCCUUCACUGGGCCUUCCACCUCUCCUCUUUCCUCUUCACCCUCUGCCCAAUCCGUCCUUCCACCUCCCUCUUUCUCUGAUAUUCCACAGACAGGUACUGCAUGUACAGAAAUUGAUGGGAUAGUUUCAAGGCAUUUGUCCUUAAUUUCAAUUUACUGCAUGGAUGCGAUUUGUCUUUGAUUCUGUAAGUUAUCUCUUUUGUCUGUAGUAACUGUUCAUCACCAUCCUCUUUCCUUUCCUUUCCUUUCCUUUCCUUUCCUUUCCUUUCCUUUCCUUUCCUUUCCUUUCCUUUCCUUUCCUUUCCUUUCCUUUCCUUUCCUUUCCUUUCCUUUCCUUUCCUCUUCUCUACCCCCCACAUUCUUCUUUUCAUCCUCCUCUUUUCUCUCAGCCACCUACGCUGCUGCUCGCACCAGUGCUUGGAGACCCCAGAGCGUCCCUUCCUCCUCUUUCUCCUCCUCCUUCUCCUCCACCACUUUCGGCACCUCCCCUCCUGCGUCCCAGCCCCUCCCUGUCCCCCGUCGGCCCAAAGCAUACAUCACCUCCCUGGCAGAGCCGGGCUCCGCCCUCACUAGGCCUACCAGCCUGCCCUCGGCCCCCGAGACAGGUACGACACAGGCACAAGGCAAAGCAUAUGGAGCAAUUUCAGUGCCAACAGAAAUUUUAUUUGAAUUCCAACAUUUUGAAUUUGUAUUAGGAUAUUGAAUUUCAAUUUAAGAUUUUUGAAUUUGUAAUGCACAAAUUGAAUCAUUGAAUUAAUAAAUGGAACUUUGAAACUGAAUUGAAUUAAUAUUUCAUUCAGUUUUAAUAUGGAAGAUAUUGCCUUCGUUGUCUGUGUAUAAAGUUUAAAAACUAUAAUUUCAAGUUUAUCAAAGUUUCAUAUAUUCAACUUCUUCAGAUGCAUUCAGAUUCAGUUUUCAAAUUCAGUUCAGAUUCAAAACCAGAGACAACAUCCUUGUACUUUGACAGCCAGGAACGGUGUAGGAGCACAGAUAGAAUCAAACGCUCUCUGUGGUAAACAGAAGCUUUUGGCAGUUUCUGAAGCCAAUGCGGAAUGUUGAAUUUGUUUUCUUCCUAUGAAUUUGGCACUAGCUAUAAGCUAUUAUGACCCAAUCCCUGAAAGCUUAUACUCUCUGGAACAUGGACCUGCCUUCUGUUCCCAUCUUUGAUGAUCACAGGCCAUACAGGACACGUCAGAAGGGAGUGUCACAAAAACUGCAAUUUGGCUGAAUAGUUGAAUUGCCUUUUCAUAGCCAUUCUAAGGAUAGCCUUUCCACUCCCUAUUUAAUCUUGCUUUUGUGACAGACUGGGUUCGAACCAGGGGCUAACACAGUCUUAUGACAGGCAGGAGACCUGGUUCGAAUCCAGUCAGUCACAAGAGCAAGAUUAAAUAGGGACUGGAAAGGCUAUCCUUAGAAGGGCUAUGUCAGGGCUAUUCAACUAUUCUUAAAGGGGCCAAAUUGCGUCUUUAAGGCAUAAAAAAAGCCCUUUACCUAACUCACUUUUCAAAGAUGGCUAGAAAUGCACACAAUUUGUGCUCUUGUAGGAAGCAACCACUCGCCCAUUGUUGACUAGAAAUUUGCUAUAACUGGGCUAACAACUCACUAACUAACAAAGAAUAUAAACAAAAUGUGCACAGGUGGCUACAUGCAGCUCUUGCUUUGAUCUCAAAUUAAUCUCAUCUACUCGCGACCGCUCAUGCUGUAAACACAGUCCAGUUCAACGUGAAUGGCACAGAUCUAUAUAUGGCAUUAGUUAUUUGCAUAUAGGCCUACUGCAGCUCUGAAUGGUUAUGGCGCACCGGUCUGUGUAGAAUACGGGCCUGAGUCGUGCCUGUCAAUGCGAUAGAAUCCUACUCCAAUGCGCUCUGCCUACAACAAAAUCUCUUGCACAGUUAGUUUUGCAUACUAAGUCUUGCAUCGUUUUUGUUUGUUUGUUACAUUGAAAGUGGCUAAUAUUGCGUUGAUUCGAUUCCCACAUUAGAGCGAAAUGUUGAUAUUGUUAACUAAAGGGGAAAACUCUAGAAAGUUGAGUGAAGUUCAAUCUCGUCCUUCUCUGCGCAGGCUGAUGUUUCUUCUGGGCUGCAGUCCGAGGGGAGCUGCGCGCCAGCGCACAACUUAGAGGGAACAUUGCAUGUAGCCUAUAUCAUGUGCAGUAGGGUUUCCACAUCAAUACUUAUGUUACUACUGUAUAUCAGACAACGUAGGGACUGUUCUGUUGACUGUUUUCUCUCCCUUUCUCUCUCCCUCUCUUUAUUCCAAUCUGAAUACCCUUUCUACUCCAAUAUAUUUUCUAACCACCCAUCCCUCUAUUUCUCCCUCAUCUCUCCUGUCCCUCUUUCUCUCAAACGUAUGCCUUAUUUUAAUCUCUCAUUCUACCCCUUCUCAUCCCUCCCUCACAGUACCCUGGCAGAGUGAAUGGAGACCGCCCAAAUCCCAGGCCCCUCUGGCCCAGCCGGACCUCUCCCCCAAAUUUCUGCACCCCUCUCCCCCUGACCCAGUGGAGCCUGUGCCCCUGGAGAAGACAAAGCAGAGCAUGGAGACACCAUGUAAUCCUGCUUGCUCUCAGCCUGAUCCCUCCAUGUCAUUCUCCCUUGAUGUGUCCCAUUCUUCCAUGUUGCAGUCUCCUCUCCCCUUCCCUCCCCCUGUGCUAGCCUCAUCUCCUGCGUCCUCCUCUCUCCCCACCCCUGAUUACGCAUCUGACCCAAUGGAAGCACCUUACUGCACUCUUGUGUCCUCAUCACCCCCUCUCGUAACCCCCUCUGGCUCUGAUGCUCCUGUCCUCACCCCUGCUUCUGCGCCUGCCAUCGUCUCUGAUUCUUCCUCAUCCACUCCCAUUGAUGUUAACCCUACUCCUGCAUCCAUGCCUCCCAUUACCUCUGAUGACCCAGCCCUUUCCCCAACCUCCACCCCUGACCCUUCCCUAUCCUCUACCCCUGGUCUUUCCCCUGAUCCCACUGUUCCCACCCCUGGUCUUCCUACUGCUUCUGACCCUACUGCUGCCCAAUGUUAUGACCCCGCUCCUGGUUCCUCCCCUCAUGCUAUCGGCGCUUCUCCGUGUGCUGCAGAUCCUGCUUCUGCCGCUGUCUCCCAGUCAGGUACAGAUCUCAAAGAGAGAUUCAGCCCAAAGCAUUGACAUUGGACAAAUGCUUGUCUAACCAGUCUACAAAAUUUUACUUUGAUCCCAACUGGUUGAAACGUUUAUGAAUCAAAUUCUUCCCUCAUCCACUCCCUCUUUCUUCCUUUCUCCUUUUCCCCGCUUUCUUUCCUUCCUUGUCUUCCCUGUGUCCUAUCUUUUCUCUUUCUUUCUCUCCGUCUACCUCAGUCCCCCCUGCUGUGCCCCAGACUGCAGAAUGGAUGCACCAGGGGGUUCCCACAUUGGUCCACCCCAAUUUGAAGAGGCUGGUCUCCCCUCCUCUGGAGCUCCCCCACUCAUCCUCUCCUCUCUCACUCACCCCCUAUCCUGUACCUACUCCUGUGUUCUUUGCUGGCUCUCAGACUCAAGUCCCCACUGCCCCCCUCCCAGCACCAGUCACUGCUCCCCAAGAGACAGGUAUACAACCUGAGGCGACAAACAGAAAGGUGUUCACUGAAAAGUCCUCAUGUUAAAUAAUGGGGAAAUUCAUGAUAGAAUGCUAUGAUGAUAACGUAUUCCCUUCUCAAUCUUCACAUGAGAACACUUGGCACCUAGCUAGUUGUUUUGGUUAUAACGGUCUCUUGCUAAUUGUUGUUGGUUGUACAAAUUUUAUGUUAGCAUUAAAUGUGUUUCCUUCAUUAAUUGUUGGUUAUUGGCUAACUCUCCCGCUAAGAUAAUCAGGUCUAACCAGGUCCUGUCUUUUCCCUUCUAGAGUUUCAGAGGCAGUUGAGCACUCUGACAGAGGAGGAAUACACCACUGCCACAACUCCCAGUGAGUAGGACCUAAUGCAACCACAAUGCCUUUUUAGGAACAUCCCAUAAUCUAUACACAGGGCCAAAUCCUAACUUGAGAUCUGUGUUCUUAACUUUUCUCAAAACUUAAACUUAUAGGGCACAGAUCUUCAAGUCAGGUUUUGGCCCACAGUCAAGACAGGAUAUACUGAUGGCUUCAGAUUCAUCUUCAUGAUGUUCUCAUCUGUCAUCCCCUCUAGCCCGCACUGCUGGAAUGAUCAGUAUUGCCAAUCAGAGGCCAGACCCAUCAACAUCCUCACUUGACCCAUUGGCUAAGCCCUUUGAGACAAGAGCCUAUGAGAGAAGAUUGGGGGCAGACUCAAUGUUUGGAAUGGAGGUUGUCCAGGCAACGGCAGGGUGAGUGAAUUCAAAGGUUAUACAGCUAUUGGUGGUGGUGCUCAUUAUUUAUGCUUGGAAUGGCUGGUUUGGUUUUAACCUGAACAUCUCCAUUCAAUGUCGAUGGCGAGCAUGGUCAGUUUUUCUUUUUUUGUUCUUUUUUUUGCAUGAUGGAGUUUGUAAGACAAAUAUGUAAGAUGACACAGUAAAGGCCACUUUGAAAGACAAAAGUGUGGUAAUUUGACCUUAUUAAUAACUAUGACGAGUGAAUGUCACAUUCAUACUAACUAAACAAUUUAGUGGUAUGUCAGGAAUAAAGUAACCAUCCGACUUCAAGGAAAUGUCUUGUGUAACAAUUCUUCUUGUCAAUGCUGUGGUUUUCCUAGUGUUGCUGUAGUCUGUGUACUCUUCUUAUUAGUUAUAAUGGUGACAUAGAUAUACUGUCAUGGAUAACUUUCUGAAGGAGUUGUGUUUGAGUCUGUAAGGCAGAUGUCGUGUUAUUGCACAAAAAUCUUGUGCUGUCUGGGAUCAACAUUGCAUUGCUAUUUUAUUUGUCAUAAAUUGUUGGAAGCAUGGCAGAGUUCUUAAAAGUUGUAAUUAUAAUAAUUUGUUCGCUUUGGCCCUGCAAACAUAGAACUACAUAUUUUGUCACACUCAGGAUGCAUGGCCACUGUAGCAAUGUAUCCAUUUGAAAUCUUGUGAAUCAUUGGAAACUACCAGAUUGUCAAUAGUGAAACCAAAACGAUUGUAUCAGUUUCUGGUAGGCAGAUUUAUAGUGUAUCAAGUUUCCUCAAGCUGCAAUGUUGUUUCAAUACAUAGAGAGAUCUCUGCUCGUCUUGGCCCAGUGAUUGUCGUACAUUAUAUGCUUUUUUUGACUGAGCGCUUGCUGGUAGUCUACUUUGUGUGCAAUCUAGUAGUAUGCUAACUCUAGAGGUAUGCCAAAGAAUUCAUGUAAGAUCCUUAGCAAAGCUUGUGCUUGUGCCCUUACAGUAGCACCUCUUUAAAUUACCUCUGACCGUGCUUGAGAUGGGGAACCUUGCCUGUUUUUCACUGCAUUGUUGCUAUGGAGAUACAAUCCCCCCCUCCCUUGACCUCUGAACUCUGACCUUGAUUUGUUUGUCCCUCAGACCUGAGAUCAUGACCCCUCUCCUGCCUUUUAGCCCCCGAGCACCCUCUGUUCCGGGGCUCCAAUAUUUUGAGAUGCCAAAACCGAUUGCAAAGAGUCAGGUAGAGGAGAGGUCAAUCAGGGCACUCCCAGUUCCAACACCCCAGCAACCUCUCCCUUUUGCACCCAUGCAAAGGCCUGGCUUACCUGAGCCCACAGUCACAUCCAUGAAGUCACUUGACAGAACGAGGAGUCACUUGAACAAGAUGUCCAUGCAGAUAGGGACACCGUUAGCCAAACCAGAGCCUGAACAGAUUGUGACAGUAGCCAGUGGGCAGCAGAGGAUGAUGGCCCCGCCGCCCCCCCAUCUCACUGAGUUGCAGACCACACGGCCGUACAGAGUGUCGCAGAGCGGUCUGCCAAAGGAGAAAGACCCAAAGAAAGAGCAGGGGCGGACACUGGUCCCUAAGAAAGAUGCUCCUAAAUAUUCAAGAGGUUCAAAAGAACGAGUGGUACCCAUGGAUUGGGGGUAAGUGUGGCAUGGUGCACAAUCACUACACACCCCUGUUCCUCAAUGUGUCACUCAUUCAACUAGUUCUAAAACAUGUUAGCAUGUCCUGAAGACAAUAAAUAUUACGGGCUGGUCCCACUAGUUUUUAAACACAAGAACAUGUUUUGUUGUUCCCCCUUUGGCACCUUUCCUCUGACAUAUAUACUUGGUGUCCCCUGUCCAUUUAGAACUAAAAGUAUGGCUGCCUCGCUGCCAUCUUGUCCAAAAGUGUCCAGUUACCCUGGUUUCCCAUCCACAUUGAUUAGGAACAGAUUUAAGGCCCGACCCGAAGAAUGGCCCAUUGAUAAAAGCCCAUUAUGGGAGAAGCCAUUGAAAGGAACACCAAUUAUCACCCCUGCACCUGAAACGUUGGAUGAGGACCAGAAAGUAAUGGAAAGAAUGGCUGCCCUGUUGCCAAGUUGUCCAAGGGUAGCCAGUGUUCCUGGGUUUCCCUCAGCACCACCACCCAAAACAGAAAGACCAGCACCACCACCCAAAACACAAAUGGAACCAAGUAUGGUGAAUCUAGCGCCAACUUGCACAAGCAUAUCCAGUGCAUCUGGUUUGGCCUCCAGGAAACCAAAGGAGACUGAAGGGGCUGAGGCUGUAGGUUUGACUGUGGAUAAGCAGCUGAAAUGGGAGAGACCACAUGAUGAGAAAACGGUUAUUGGGCUUUCUUCGUCAGUUGCUUUAGACCAAGUGUAUGGAGACAAAGAAAUGUUGAAACGUAAGGUAGUACUUGUCCCAUCUUGUCCAAGUGAAAGUACUAUUCCUGGUUUUCAAUCUGUUCCAAGGCCCAAAGCCCAGGUUGUGCCAAACAUGAUUAACAUAAUGCCAUCUUGCCCAAGGGUAUCUAGAGUUCCUGGAUUGCCAACCAUAGACCCGACAAAGGCAGUACACUGGCCAGUAGAUGCAAAGGCUCUGUUUAAGAAGUUACCUAAAGAGGUAGAAUUAUUGAUGGUCCAUUUAGAGGAUGUUGACACAGUUUAUAAUGAUAGUGAAAAGGUCAAGACAAUGGUGGCUCUUAAACCAUCCUGCCCCAAAACAGCCAGUAUUCCUGGCUUCCCAUCUGAACCAAUGCAAGAGCCAACCAAAUUGCCCAACGUUGGGACAAUAAAGCUUUCUGAAUCUGAACUGAAUAUGGUUAACCUUCUGCUUACAUGCCCUUUAAUGGCCAGAGUUUCUGGUUUACCCUCUAAACUGCCAAUUAAGUUAGAUAAUGUUGAUUGGCAUGCUAACAGUAGGCCAAUUCUAGAGAGACCAUUGAAGAAAAGAGCACUUUCUGUAGUGCAGGAAAUGCGACAAAAGGACAAAGAACUUACCAAAAAUAUGGCAGAUAUGUUACCAUCUUGCCCGAAUAAGGCCAGGAUUCCAGGUUUCCCCUCUGCAUCUAGGCAGAAGCUAGUAGAAACACCAGGUAUGAUCAGUCAGAAGCUAGUAGACACACCAAGUAUGACCAGUCUUCUGCCUACAUGCCCUAGACUUUCUACGAUUUCUGGUUUACCCUCCAGACAGCCAAUCAGUUCUAGAGAUGAAGAUUGGCUUGUGGACAGAGUUCCACUGUGGGCGAAGCCAUUGAAGGAAAGAGAGGGGCUUAUUUUACAUAUUUCCCAAGAUCAUGAAAAAACAUUCAAAGAUACUAAAAUGAUGGAAAACAUGACAGCCAUGUUACCAUCUUGCCCAAAGAAGGCUAGUGUGCCUGGCUUCCCUUCUGCACCAAGGCAAGUGCCGAAUAUGGUGAGUCUUCUUCCAACUUGUCUAAGGGUAUCUAUAGUUCCUGGAUGGCCAGCUUUAAAUCAGAAACCAAAACAGGCAGUAGUUUGGCCAGUAGAGAAAGAGACAUUGUUUACAAAGUUACCAAGAGAGAGGCCAGGAUUAUUAUUGGAUGU